CCCAAGUUCCGUGGCGGAUAUUCGUGCGGCCUUCUGGGACCUAUGGUACCUAGGCGGGCACACCGUUACUUUCCACUGCCUGAGGAAAGACGGAGAAGUAUAAAAGGAGAGCGAGAGGUGCAGCUCCGCAUCAAACUGAAGAGGUGGGCGCAUUGACAGCGAGCUUCAGAGAGCGGAACCAACGCCACACUCAAUUGGUUCAGAGAGCUGCAGCAGGGAAGGAGCCGAGGAACUGGGUGAAGACAUUAAGUCCGGUGGAGCAGUAAAAGGCAGGUAGCGUUUCGAUAUAGCUAUCCGCCACAAUGAAGAGCGGCGUGGCUUUCCUCCCUUUUUGGGCAACCCUUGCGGUUGUGGAGGCGAUGAUGCUGGUCGGCUCCUUCAGUGGACCAGUCGAGGGCUGCCCUCCCCCGUCAUGGGUGAGGUCUCCGUACAUGUGCUGGAAAAACUCCGAUUACAACGAGGACACGUCCCUGAAGAUCAACUGCCGGAAAAAGUUCAAUGGAAUCGACGCUUCCACGCUCGAAGGCUGCCAGCGAAUCUGCACUCCUUGUCCUCACUGCUUUGGGCUGACGUGGAUUCCAAAAAAUAGACCCUACAAGGACGGCAACUACUGCUGUUUCCUCAAGAGGAAGGUGCUCUGCAACAAGCUCACGCGGCGGACUGGUUGGGUCACGUGCAAGUGGAUCGGCUACGACGGCGACUCUGCGGAUUCACCCGAAAACUGAGUGCAAAAACUCACCUAAUGUAAUUUUUAAGGAAGGCAGGAAUUAAGAUAAUUACAACGGACAACAAAGAAAGGCAGAAUUG